CAACAACACUACUCCUCUUCAGUUGACCAAAAGUCAAAUUCAAUCCUUUAUUAUCUAUGUAUCAUACUCUAUACAAGUACCACCAUACAUAACAAACAGGGCCUUAAAAGGAACAAACACAAUAAAGCAGCAAACUUCUUUUCCAAAAGGUUUUUCCCAUAACAAAUUCUCAUCUUCUUCACUCAUCAACAUUCUCAUCUCUCUGCUCCCAAGCUAGCUUGUUGUCCUCAAUGGAGAACAACAACAACAAAAGAAACCCACUUCCCCAUUUUCCACGUCUUACACUCAUGCUCUUCCUUAUUACGAUGAUGUUUCCUGUGACUGAAGAAGCUGCAGCACCAGUUUCUUCUUCCAUCAAGACCGAUGAACAGGCCCUUCUCAUGUUCAAAAAGAUGGUUCAAAAAGAUGAAACUGGAGCUUUGUCAGGUUGGCAGCUCAACAGGAAUCCAUGCACCUGGUUUGGAGUUUCAUGCACUCAUGGAAGAGUCACUCAGCUUGAUCUCAGUGGCCAUGGUUUAUCCGGAACCAUCACUCUUGACCCUCUAUCUUCUCUAGACAUGUUGUCUGUUCUGAAACUUUCUCUCAAUUCAUUCUCUGUAAAUUCCACUUCCUUGCUUACCCUCCCUUACAGUUUGACACAGCUUGAUCUCUCUUUUGCCGGAGUUUCAGGUCCAAUCCCUGACAACUUCUUCUCAAGGUGUCCAAAUCUUGUUGUUGUGAACCUCUCUUACAACAACAUGACUGGCCCUAUCCCUGAUAAUUUCUUGCAAAAUUCUGAUAAGCUGCAGUCUCUUGAUCUCUCUUCCAACAAUUUAUCAGGCUCAAUAUCUGGCCUCAAAAUUGAUUGCAACUCCUUGUUGCAGCUUGAUCUAUCUGAGAACCGUUUAUCAGAUUCAAUUCCAAUCUCUUUGUCAAACUGCACCAGCCUCAAGAGUUUGAACUUGGGGAACAAUUUGAUUUCUGGUGAGAUUCCAAAGGCUUUGGGGAAUCUGAACAGCCUACAGACUUUGGAUCUUUCAAGGAAUCAACUCAUUGGUUGGAUCCCUUUUGAGUUUGGAAAUGUGUGUGCUUCCCUUGUCGAACUUAGGCUCUCUUUCAACAACCUUACAGGUUCAAUACCAUCAAGUUUCUCUUCUUGCACUUGGCUGCAGCUUCUUGAUAUAUCCAACAACAACAUGUCAGGUCCAUUGCCGGAUUCAAUCUUUCAUAACCUCGGAUCAUUGCAGGAAUUAAGGCUGGGAAACAAUGCAAUCUCAGGGCCAUUCCCAUCUUCAAUAUCUUCCUGCAAGAAACUGAGGAUUGUGGAUUUUAGCUCAAACAAAUUCUAUGGAUCUAUCCCCAGAGAUAUAUGUCCAGGUGCAGCAUCACUUGAGGAGCUGAGAAUGCCAGAUAAUCUCAUAACUGGGGAAAUUCCAUCUCAACUGUCAAAAUGCUCACAGUUAAAGACACUUGAUUUUAGUCUCAACUAUCUCAAUGGUUCAAUCCCUGAGGAGCUUGGACAGCUUGAGAAUCUUGAGCAGCUGAUAGCAUGGUUCAAUGGCUUGGAAGGUAAGAUUCCACCAAAGUUGGGGAAAUGCAAGAAGCUCAAGGAUCUUAUACUGAACAAUAAUCACUUAACUGGUGAAAUUCCCAGUGAGUUGUUCAACUGCAGCAACCUUGAAUGGAUAUCACUCACAAGCAAUGAGCUCAGCGGCGAGAUACCGCGCGAGUUUGGCCUAUUGACAAGGCUGGCUGUUCUGCAGCUUGGAAACAACAGCUUCACCGGGCAGAUACCGGGGGAGCUGGCCAAUUGCAGCAGUUUGGUGUGGUUAGACUUGAACAGCAACAAGCUCACAGGUGAGAUUCCACCAAGACUUGGAAGACAGCAAGGAGCAAAGUCAUUGUUUGGAAUUUUGUCAGGAAACACUUUGGUGUUUGUGAGGAAUGUUGGAAACUCGUGCAAAGGUGUUGGGGGUUUGUUGGAAUUCUAUGGAAUAAGGCCUGAGAGACUCUUGCAGGUUCCAACACUGAGGACCUGUGAUUUCACAAGGCUGUAUUCAGGUCCUGUUCUUAGCCUUUUCACAAAGUAUCAGACUCUGGAGUAUCUUGAUCUCUCCUACAACGAGCUCCGAGGAAGAAUCCCCCAAGAAUUCGGGGACAUGGAGGCCCUGCAGGUUCUUGAGUUGUCUCACAAUCAGUUAUCUGGAGAAAUCCCUUCAACAUUAGGCCAGCUAAAGAAUUUGGGAGUGUUUGAUGCAUCACACAAUAGAUUGCAGGGCCAUAUCCCUGACUCAUUCUCAAACCUGUCAUUCUUGGUGCAGAUUGAUCUAUCAAACAAUGAGUUAACAGGAGAGAUUCCAUCUAGAGGGCAAUUGAGCACACUUCCAGCUUCUCAGUAUGCAAACAAUCCCGGUCUUUGUGGUGUUCCGUUGCAGGAAUGCAGCAGGAAUGAUAACACCCAAACCACAGCAAAUCAAAGUGAGGAGAUUCCCAGAGGAGGCCAUAGAUCAGCAACUGCAGCAUGGGCUAACAGCAUUGUCAUGGGGAUUCUGAUUUCUGUGGCUUCUGUUUGUAUUUUGAUCGUGUGGGCAAUCGCGAUGCGGGCGAGGAGGAAGGAGGCAGAGGAAGUGAAGAUGCUCAAUAGCUUGCAGGCAUCACAUGCUGCCACAACAUGGAAGAUUGACAAGGAGAAAGAGCCUCUAAGCAUCAAUGUUGCAACCUUUCAGAGGCAGCUUAGGAAGCUGAAAUUCUCACAGCUGAUCGAAGCAACCAAUGGAUUCUCAGCAGCAAGCCUAAUUGGUUGUGGUGGCUUUGGUGAAGUGUUCAAGGCCACACUGAAGGACGGUUCAAGUGUUGCAAUCAAGAAGCUCAUUAGGCUGAGCUGCCAGGGUGAUAGAGAAUUCAUGGCUGAGAUGGAAACCCUGGGGAAGAUCAAGCACAGAAACCUAGUCCCUCUGUUGGGAUACUGCAAAGUUGGGGAAGAGAGGCUGCUUGUGUAUGAGUACAUGGAGUAUGGAAGCCUGGAGGAGAUGCUCCACGGCAGAACAAAGUCGCGCGACCGGCGAAUCCUGACAUGGGAAGAGAGGAAAAAGGUUGCAAGAGGUGCUGCGAAGGGACUUUGUUUCCUUCACCACAAUUGCAUCCCACACAUAAUACACAGAGACAUGAAAUCAAGCAAUGUGCUGCUUGAUCAUGAAAUGGAGUCAAGAGUGUCUGAUUUCGGAAUGGCAAGGCUCAUAAGUGCACUUGACACACAUCUCAGCGUCAGCACAUUGGCCGGAACACCUGGCUAUGUUCCACCCGAGUACUACCAAAGCUUCAGGUGCACGGCAAAGGGAGAUGUCUACUCUUUUGGAGUUGUCAUGCUUGAAUUGUUAACCGGGAAGCGCCCCACCGAUAAGGAGGACUUUGGAGACACCAAUUUGGUGGGAUGGGCGAAGAUGAAGGUUCGCCAAGGGACUCACAUGGAAGUCAUUGAUCCUGAUUUGCUUCAGGUGUGUCAAGGUUCAGAUGAAGCUCAGCUGAAUGAAGUUAAGGACAUGCUUCGCUUCUUGGAUAUCACUUUGCAGUGCGUUGAUGACUUGCCUUCUAAGAGGCCAAACAUGUUGCAGGUUGUUGCCAUGCUCAGAGACCUUCAUCAUGGAACCACCAACACUGCUUGAAUUAUACUCAUCAUGUUCCCUAUUGCAAUGCAAACUGCCAAUUAAUAAUAACUUGUUUUCUGCCUUCUUUCUUCA